GGAUGAGGGAGAAGCUCCUCGAGACGGCGUCCAUGGCAGAGGUCCUGAAGGAAGAGCUCAAGCUAGCAAGGAAGAAGCACACUCAUGGAAGCAGACUUCACGAGGAGCUAAGGAGGGAAGCGACGUGGUGGAGGAUCAAGGACUUUCAGAACAAGACAGGGCUGUUCAGGCAGCGCAAGGAGAUCAUGGCUUAUGAGAUGAGGAUACAGCAGCUCGAGGAGGAUCUAAGAGCCUUACAGUGUCCUGAUCCUUUGGACGAACGCAUGUUACACGGACUAGACGCGGAGCGCAGGAGAGCAGCGCUGUUCCUCCAGGAGGCGAUAAGGGAGCAUGAGCGAGCUAUCGAGUCACAGAGCGACCAUAUUCAACAUCUCUUGAGGACGAUAGAGGAGAUGGAGGCGAAGAACAUGGCGUUACGAGAUGCAUUAAACAGAUAAAGACCUCUUGGAAGGAGACUUUGCCUUCGAGUCCGUGAACUCGUGCUUCUGGAUCCAAAGCUUGCGGUUCUUGAGGACAGAGCCGCGCAUGCGGAGAGCUCGGUUGGCCUCGAGGGCACGGUCAGCAUGCGGGAGUAGACAUGAGCACGUACCGAAACUUCAUCCUUGAACACCAACCACACUCGACCACCGUGCUGGGGCCUGAAAGGAUCGAUGAGUACACAACCCUGGUGCCUCCGAGAGCACGGAUCGGCAAGCAUGCGAUGAGAGGCAGGGGCAUACUUCUGUCUCUUGGCGACGCCAAUGGCGCCCACCUUGCCGGGGGCAGAGAAGACAAUCUCAACCAGGCCCGAGCAGCUGGGCUUGAAAUGAGCCUCGAUCUCCUCCCUUGUCGUUGACCUGCGGGAUUGUGUCAACCUCGACGCAGCAGCUCAGGGCUCUGCUGGAGGGCCUUGGGGCUGUCCGGCCUUACCAGUCAAUGUUGCCCACGUACAAGACAGUUCCGUUGGGGUUGGUCAGGAAACCCCUCCCGAAGAUUUUUGCCUCGUCCUCUUCAUCCCCCAGCAAGGGAUGGGGGCGGAGGAGAUUCGAGAUGAUCUGUCAACCGUCUUCAGUCGCAAAGUCAGGGGAGGAAGAGGCCCUUCCGACCUCGUGGUUUCUCCGCCUCUCCGCGAGCUCAGUCUUGUUGAGAUCUUGGGGGACCUUGUACGAUCUCCUCAUGGACUCUGCGACCUCCGAUGGCGUUGCAAACCAGCUGACAUGAAAGCGUUAUAGUCAGAUUAAACUAUAUCUCC